AUGACGUCUCAGCUUGCUUCACAGCUGCAGAAGCUGCAGCAGCGGCCUGUGGGUGAGAAGCGGCUGUCACAGUCGUUUUUGUUUGACGCCGGCGAGGCUCGCAGCUUCUCGCGGGAGCAGAUUCACGAACUCGCCGUUCACGGUCUGCAAACGCUUGUCGCAAUCGACAACCGGCUCCACCCCUUCAUUGAGGAACUGUUCCACCCCUACAAGACCCGCGUGGAACGUAAGCUGCUGAGCGCGGAGGAAAACCGCGCCGUAAACGCAGCCCUUGAGCAGUUCCUUACACUGCUCAGUCCGCACCUCUUCCUAACAGCGGCACACCAGGUUUUCGAGUACCUCGUGCGCGUCCACGAGGUACACGUGUACAACGUCGAGGCCGUGCUUCGAACGUUCCUGCCGUACCAUGACCACAGCCUAUUUGCCCGCGCUGUGAUGCUGCUGGACCUGCGUGACACUGGCUUCGCCUUCCUUGAGAACAACCAGCAACACGGCGCCCCCCUCUUGCGGGAACACCUUGUUCUGGCCUGCGCAGAGAGUCGGAAGGCGUUGCGGAUGGUCUGCCUUACGCUUGCCACUUCUGUUCGCAUGAAGGUGCACAACAGCGCAGCAAACGCCCUCUUCGCAGGUGUGGCAGUGCGAUUGGCUUCACACCCCGACGCAGAGGCCUUGUGGCGUGUCUUGUUGCCUUUCAUCGUCGAAUUCCUGAGCGGUGUGGUGACGGGAGGCGAAAGGGGUGACGCACAGCAGGAGUUGCGGCUGCAGGAGGAUGCACGGGGCGGCAGUGUCGUGUUGCCGCUUCCGAGUCGCGAGGUCGUAUGCAGUGCUCUCGUCGUCCUGGCUGCGUGGAGUAGUGAGGUGCAGCUGUCCAUGGCAACGCUGACAACCGUGAUGAAGCCGAUUGUCCGAUCUUUACUAAGAGCGGCAGAGGAUAUGGCGGCGGCUUCAGCUUCGUCGUCAGCUGUCGUCGCUGCCACUGUGCCCGUGAGCGACCUGUUGGCCAUUCUUGACCUCCUCUUCUACACACAACGGAACGCUGUGGCACAGGUUACUUUCGCCCCGCAGAUUCACUUACUGUUGACAUUUCCAUGGAAGCAGUGGGCACCGUGGAUUGCCGCCGCCGCCGAGGACGCUGCCAACGCUGGUGGCGGAAUUUAUGACUCGCUUAUUGCUGUCUUGCUUCACCAGUGCCUGCAACGGCUUCGGGUUGCCCAUUCCGUCGAGUCUGUCGCACCGGAUGUGCUGCAUUUUGUGCAGUGUGCUGUGGAGGAUCUCCCACUCACGGAUGCGUUGGUGGCGGAUGUGAUUCAGGCGCUGAUGGCGUGCCAGCUGCCGCAGUCCACAUCGGGCGGCUGCCGUGACAAGGACCUGGCAAAUAAGGAGGCAGAGGAAGACGAAACGGCUGUCCUCCGCCACGACGUCGACGCCGAGGCGGGCUCACUGGUCACUGUGUGGAUGAGGGCUUUGGAGCGUCGUUUCUCCCACGUCUUUGACGCCACCUUGUCGAGACUGCUGAACGACAUCACGACGCAGACCGCAACUGCCGCAUUUCUUGCACAACACCUCAGCGGCACCCGCUAUGAGUUGUUGGAGGUGCAGGGGGCUUCUGGCGCAACCGAACGACUUCCGCUCUUUUCCUGCUUGCUGCAUCCCCUGCCGGAAGUACGUCUCCUGGCGGCGAGGGCGAUGACCCACAUGACGACGCAGCAGCUUCUCACCUCCUCCUCGGCUCCCGGUGGCGGCGCGGGAAACUCGUUGCUGGAGCUUCUGGAACACGUGGUGUGCUACGAGCAAUCCCCCACGGUGGCUGAACAGUUUUUGCACACGGCUGCGGCGGCGAUGGAAAAGCUACUGGCGUUGUUGACGAACCCAGAGGCGUCGACGGCGACAGCGCGCGACGGCGGGUCUCUCUCGUCGCUGGAGCACGGCAUCAUCCUCUCACACCUGCGGAACAUUAUUCGCGCGCUCUGGGGGAUGACUGCACAGCAUGAUGUUGCUGUACAAAAAAGUUUCCUCGUCGUUGCGCUACAGCCUCUGUUACGGUUUCUGGACAUCCGCCCCUUGAAGAUGUCUUCAGGGAAACGGAGUCAUCGUACGCCGAAAGGUUGCGCAGGCACCAGCAUCUUUUCAGACUCUGUGCGGGGGUUGACGCUUUACUAUGUGGUGCUGCAGUAUGUGGACGCGGGACAUCAGGAGUCGACGGGAGACCGCAAUGAGAAGGGGACUGCAGAUGCAGCGCGUUUGAAGCAUGAGUUGAUUGCAGAGCUGGAGGCGUGGUUGACGGCGGUCAUACUGGAUAUGAACAGAACACCUGCCUUUUUUACCGUCACAAGAGACGGUGCCGCCUCAACUGUCGAGAAGAACGAGGCGGCACAGGAUAGUAGCGACGACGACGACGACACGGGGAUGAUAACGCGGGGGGAGCCAGGAAGACGAGGAAGCAGACAAAAGAGUCCACGCACGCGGGCGCCAAUCCCACCACUGCGAAUGUGGGAGUCAGCAACGGUGGAUAUCUUUCAGUGUUUGAGUGUGUUCCACUGUUGGAGCUGCUGCGGGAGGAGGCUGAGAUGCGUCUGCCGGCGGUGUUAG